AUGAAAGUGUGCACCGCAGUACCGGCUUUGCUCCUGCUGCAGUCACGUCUGAACUGGAACCUGAAAUUUUUAAAAAAAUUAUACAAUUUUCAAAUAGAGUCAGAAUAUAAGUUCAAUAUUGGUGAUCAAGUGAGAAUUUCGAAAGCAAAGAAGACAUUUCGUCGUGGAUAUUUACCUAAUUGGACUGAUGAAAUAUUUACCAUAGUUAAACGAUAUCCUUCGAAUCCUCCUACAUAUGUGUUGAAAGAUUUGAAAGAAGAAAUUUUAAAAGGAAGGUUCUAUGAGGAAGAGCUUCAGAAAGUGAACAAGCGAUCAAGUGAUUUUUGGCGAAUAGAAAAGAUUCUAAAAACGAAAGGAACAGGAGAAAACAAAGAAUUCUAUGUGAAGUGGAAAGGAUUUGAUCAUCGUUUUAAUUCUUGGGUAAAAGCAUCAUGGAUGAAGCAGUAA